AAUAUUGUCUUUUGAGAACUGUGAUAUUGCACAGAGUAGUAGCUUCCAAUUUAAAACCUACUUGCUGAAAUGUAAUGCCAAGGCAGGAACUGAAGCUCUUUUAAUGACUUAGAAGUUUUUUUCUUUUCCUUGUACUUUGUGUUUGCAUUGGCUCUUGGUUCAGUUUUGCUGAAGUAUAGUAACCAUUUGUACAUGCUCAAGGAUGAUUCAUUGCAUCAAUGUGUGAAGAUGAGCAAGGCCAUGCGGUUUAUUUUGAGUAGAUAACAUACAGCCAAUAAGACCGACACUGCUAAUCUUAAAGACUAGUAAAACCAGUUUUUGACUGUCCACUAUUAUCUGAAUUUAGGGCAUUCAGUUGCGGACUAGGUGUAUUAAGAUUUCAGCAUCAAUCCCCGAACUGACAUUGUGUAGACUGUAAUCUUUUUUACUCACCAUUAAAGUUUGUCUCUUUGGGACACUACUGAAUCACUAGAAGUUAUCAAUUACUCAUUUAGGGAACUAACAUGCAUUUAACUAGGUGACUAGGGGAUGAUUGAAGGUACAUUGGAGAAGACGACAGCUAAUUUGAAAGUGGGGGCAGGGGUGAGGAAGGGUUGAAAAGAUAAUGUGGUUGAUAGGUUAGGCCAAGGCUAUUAUAAAGGUGUGAAGAAUGCCAGCAGUCAGAAUGGUGUAUAGCUUUAGACAUUCGCCUAUUAUGUGCUGAUUUUGAUGGGUGCUCUGCACAAUAUAAAUUAUGCUGGGACUUGCACUAUAAUUUUUGUGUGUUCAGAUAUAGAAAAUCAUUUUAAGCCAGGUUUCACCAUUCUAUUUUAAACCAGAGGUGAUUCAUAUAAGUAAAUGAACUAAAUCCCUUGAAUAAUUGCAGCAUUCUGUAACUACAAUUCGCUAAAUGGAACUUGCUUUAUUUCAAAAGUCAAAUUGCUAGUUCUGAUUGUAAUUUUCAUUAAUAGUUACUGAUGAAAACAAACCCCUUCUUUCUUUAACUGGCAUGGGGCUAGGACACACAAUUCUCUUCUGAUGACAUAAGGAAAAUUAUAUAAGAACUACGGAUAAUGCUCUAUCUUCUCUAAAUUAGUGUACUUGAGAUAUCAUUUGGGUGCAGCAUUUGAGUUUCUGGAAGGCAAAAGCUCUUUAUAUGAUCUAGAAAAACAGAAGAGUGACAGAACAUUACAGGAAGUUUGCCUCAUGACUUCCAGACAAGCAAGUCAUCUAGAGUGACUAAGGGAAAAUCAUGCUUUCGGCCUGCUGCAUGUAUUACAUCUUCCUCAGUCUCCCCUAGACAGCGUAAAGCAGUUUAGAUGAUGGAUACAGUUUUUAAUAAUUAAAUGCCUUGGUAGCAGAAUGUGUUUAUCUGUUCUGCAUGACCUCAUGUUGCAGUUGGCCUGAGUUUGUUUUACAAGCUUUUAAAAGUUUUCACGAUGCAGUGGGAGUUCAGAGAGGACUCUCAAAGUUUGUUUACAUCCGUUAACGGCUGUACUUGAAAGGGGCAAAGAGUGUCCCUCCUGAUCUGCGCUAAGGAGAAAUUAAUAAUAAACAUUUGCAGAAACAAAUUGUACAGGAAGACAAGUGAACGAGAGAGUGAGAUCUGAGAGUAUGGGACAAGUACUAUCUGUGUUUUGGGAGAAGGGGGUCUGCCAAGGAGCCGUGCCGAGAAGAGGCUGCUGUGUGAGAGCACUGAGGACGGAACGGCGCGAAGGCGAGGAGCGGAGAAUACGCUGCCGGGUUCCUGGAAGUGACUGCAAGGCGGGGGACUGAGAAACACGAAGGGAGGCGGGCGGGGACGGGCGCUGCCCCGUGAGCGAGGCGGCGCCAUGGAGACGGGCACGGCCCGGCACGGCCCGAGGGACGGGCUGCGGCCGGGAGCGGAGCCGUGCCGAGCUUGGUGCCGUCCGGAGGCGAAUCGCGACUGGGCUUUUCCAGGGAAGGCAUCCCGCUGCGCCGCAGAAUUUAUAAUCAGAUAAGAAGCAAAUAUGGAGAAUAAACAACAGGAAGACGUGGAUGUGAAGCAAGUAAAGGGUUUUGCAUGUAAAAGCACAGGCUCUUUCUGUUGGUUAUUUUCUUUUUAACUAAAAGCAGACAAAUGGGACACAGCAGUUAAUAUUGUUAAUAAAAGAGAGGGCUGAACUGUGCCUUGACUCAUCAUACAUAAAGAAAAGAGAAAUAUGUGUGCAGCUUGCAGGGUGGAAGGAAUAAACACUUAUUUCUUGUUCUGUCUGCACAUAAUUAUUGUUUAAUGUAAUUACUGUCUUCAGAAAUAACAGUCUCUUUGGGAUUAUUCUCUGCUUAAAAUGGUAAUUGUUGUAAAAUGCUGUAAACUGUGCUGGAUCCAACUACAUUUAUAAUGUAGUGAUGGCUGGGUAAGUUUUAAAUUUUUUUUUUAGUUAUUGUGGGUGAUCUGGUCAAGACUCUGGAAUCCAUCAAAGAUUACUAAAUGAUUGAUGUUAAUGUGGUGUGUAUGCAAAUUCAUUUAAAGACAGUUUAGGAGUUUUACAUGGAGUUUUACAUCCCAUCCUUUGGGAUUGGAAGGAAGAAUUUGAGUCUCAGCAGCUGCCUCUUUGCCAGAAUGAGCUGGACACUGAUCACAGUACAAGUCACUCUUCUGAUCUGCCUUGCCCUUAAGGGUUUGGGGAGGAACAAGGGAGGUACAAAAAUGUCUGUCUGGACUACCCUGAGACGGCACUUCUGAUGGAUUUGCUUCAUGUGCACGAGUGCUGGCUAUAGGAUCCAGAUUACUUGAGCUGAAAUGUAAAUUUAAAAGCAGAAUGUGAAAGUGAAUAUGCAUUUAGCUGAUUGUUACUCUCCAGUUUUAGUUCAGAGUUUGGACUCUGCAGGUAUUAUAUGAUCAGUCUUAUCUAAUCAAUUGCAACAGCCAUUCAGCUACCCAAAAACCCUGUAAUAUAGAGUUGAAAGUAAAUAGAAGGUUGCAGAACAGUACAGUAGCAACAAAGGCUGUGUGACAGGCUGCUGCAAACCUGUUAAGUCUUUAAGGGAUUAAUGCAGAGCUUUAAAGUUUCAGUGUAUUAUUAGAGAACUUACUGAUCUUGGUAGCAGUAUCAGCUCCUCGGAUUUGUUUGAAAUCCUGACGUUACUGGUAUUCUUCCACUGGAUCACAGAGAAACUUUUUUGUUGAUAGCAAUUAAAAAUAUUGGGAGAGGAGGGGAAAAGAUACAGAGCUACUUCUAUUUUCAAAUGUAUCUAAAAGAUCAGAUUUCUGCUGGUCAGCCCUUGUUUUUCAAUUUUUUUUCUUAUAUAACACAAAAUUUUGAGUGGAGAAGGAACUCAGUUAUACUUAAAUAGAUGUCUUGCACUACUUUUGAGCAGAUCCUCUAUAUUCUGUAUGCAACUAACCUUUUGAAGGAUUGUUUUGGGAAAUAACAUAUACUCUUAUAAUUGAUUUCCACUAACUCAUGGGGAAAAGAUGUUAUGGUGCCUGUUUCUUUAGGAAAUUACAGCAUUCUGUAUUAACAGUUAUGUGUUAUUGUUUAAAAAAAUAUAUGUGGAUCCCUCAUGCUUUUUAAUGUAAAUUUAUUUUUGUUACCUCUAAGAAUAGUCACAAGGGUUAUCUGCAUGAGGAUUAUGUGAACCUGAAACUUCACAUGGAGCAAAAGAUUCAAGAACUGGAAGAUGCUGACAGAAAUUGGUGUCUAAACAGCAACUGUCUCUGGCAGCUGAGCAAGAACAGAUUCUGAAACAAAGUAAAAUGCAGGCAGAACUUAACUGGCAGCAGCUCUGUGAGAAUGCUGAAUGUAAUUGGUAUCAGAAACCAGAGGAUCCAACACACAGCCUAUCUUCAUCAAGAGAGGAGUCCCAGGCUCAAGCUGAUGUGCAGAAAACAGACUACAGGUUGCAUGAAGUGAAGAGUGUUCUUUCUGCUUUGACUGUUGAGAGAGAACAGACAAUACAAGCAUCAUUUAAUCACAGUAUUUCACCUGAAGGGGAGAAACAGAUAUUUCAGUAUGGUGAUGAAAGUUCUCUGUGUAAAUAUAUCCCUGCUUCGGAAAUAAAAAAGCUGCAGGAACAGAAUGCCAGCCUUCGGGCUGCUAUUGCACAAAUGAGGAAAGAAAUGGAGAGUCUUGAUGAGCAGAUGUUGUCUUCUCUUCCUCAAACAGAAGACAGACAGCUUGCAGAGCAAGGUUCACUGAGCACAAACAAAAUUUCAACUAGAACCACACUGAGCAACAUCAAAAUCAGUUCAAGUAAGUUGGAUUGUAUAGUAAACCCAGACACAGAAGAGGGGCCAGAACCCGAAGUUCUUGAAGAAAACAUGGUUACUUUUGGACAACAGCUACCUGGUGUAGGUACUGGUGUUGAUUGUCAAUAUAGUGUCAAACACACUCUACGAGGAAUGCAAGAUAAACUCAAGGAAGCAACAAGAAAAAUUUCAAUUCUGAACCAAGAAAAGAGGCAGCUGAUUGAAAUGGGAAACAGACUCAGGGCAGAACUUGGAAUGGUGUUAAAGAAAGGAGUCUGGCAUCCUGUUAGCUCUAAACACUGCACAGUUUGUAUUGCCUCUGGUAGUCUUCUUCCAAGAGAACUUGUCAAAAGAACACAGUGUCAGCUAUCAGUUCUAAAGCAUCUACAGCACAGACUCACAACACAGGAGCUGCAGUGCACAAAGCAACAGCAUCCUUCAAGAUUCUCUUCUCUUACUGCCUGCCCUAGCUUAAAGGAAGAAGAAGCUCCAAGCAGCUGUGGAGACGAAAGAGAAUUACCAUGCAGUGAGGUUUGGAUAGAUUUCUCUAUUGAAAAUCAUGGGCCAGAUACAUUCUCAGCAACAAAGGCAGAUACAUCCACAAAGAUUGCUCAAACUCAGCUGCUCAGUCAGAGUCCUAGUCAUGUCCAGCAGGUUCAGCUUUCUUCAUCUAGAACGCAUACUUUCUGUCAAAUUUUAGAUACGGGAUCAAGCCUUCCUCUACUCAGUCCUCAAAAGAACAGCAGCCAGGGGGAGUUUGUAGUUGUACAUUCAAUCAAGCAAUCUGAAGAAUCUCAGCAAAAUGUCAAAGCCAAGGAUAAACUUGAAACAUCAGCUGAAGAUUUGACAGUCAGAGGAACAAGGCUGGAAGUUCAGCAUAAGUUAAAAUCCAGGAGUUUAUCUUGUGCUCAUCUAUUAAAAUCAAAAAUCUCUUCUAGCAUGGUAAAAAUCCGCAAUUAUAAUAUUAAAGACUGAUUUCUAUGUUGUCA